AUGCUCUCCAAAACUGAUUUCGACAAUCUCCUCACAUCUCAAGGCCCACUCGUCAUCGAUGGCGCCCUGGCCACUGAACUAGAAGUCCGCGGCCACGACCUGAACCAUCCCCUGUGGUCGGGGAAAAUUCUUCAAGACGAGCCGAAGAGUAUAGAGAAUGUUCAUCUGGAUUACUAUCUCGCCGGAGCGGAUGUGGCUAUCACAGCAUCUUAUCAAACGGCCACGCAAGGGCUGACAGAUCACUUUCGAAUCAGCGAGGAUGAAGCGAAAGCGCUGAUCAGACGCAGCGUGGAAGUUGCACAGAACGCUCGGAGAGAAGCAUACGAUCGAGGGGUCAGCACUGCGAGCACCCUGCUCGUUGCUGGGAGUGUGGGUCCCUAUGGUGCGUAUCUGCACGACGGCUCUGAGUACCGUGGAGACUAUGUCCGGACGCAGGAGGAGUUCAAGGACUUUCAUCGACCGAGAAUUCAGGCUUUGGUCGAGGCGGAAGUAGAUCUGCUUGCACUUGAGACGAUUCCGAGCUUGGACGAGAUCAAGGCACUGCUCAGUCUUCUACAAGAGGAGUUCCCAGACGCUAUUGCCUGGUUGAGCUUCACGACAAGGGAUGCUGGACAUCUCGCUGACGGAACCUCAUGGAAAGAGGCCUUUGUGGUUGUCGAUGACCACAGGGCGCAAGUUGUCGCUAUAGGGGUGAAUUGUGUGCCACUGGCUGGUGUUACUGAGACACUGCAAGGCAUGGGAGCGCAGACUGACAUCCCGCUGCUGUGCUAUCCCAACUCCGGAGAGAAAUUCGACUCAGCGACCAAUUCAUGGCAUGGUGAGCGACCGGACGAUGUUCUAGGCAAAUCCAGCGAGCAGCACUUCGAUACCAAGCCAUGGACAUCAGCCGGUGCGCAACUCAUUGGGGGAUGUUGCCGGACAGGACCAGGGUUCGUUACCGCGAUAUCAUCCGACUUGCGUGCUUUGUGA